AUGGACUUCACCCCAGUCAACGAAUAUGGUCCAAGGUUGUGUCAACGUUGUAAUGUCCAAUUUGAUCUGUCAGUGAUUUUUGAAUAUAUUCGCGGCAAGGACGGUUCAGGUCGAGCAUGCUGUCCUCCCUGUGCAAAACAUUAUAUUGAUCACAAAGCUGCGGAGCUGGCGCAAAACAAUGCUGUGCGUGGUAUGGGUAAUAACCAGCACUCAGGCAUAGGUAAGAAUUUCAACUUCACUUGCUACAUGGGAGCAUCGAGGGAGGCCCUCGUUAAAGCUACAUCAGCGGCACAACGGGGCGGUGACCAGCGCUUCAGUUCUGAGUCACCACAGAUGCUCAGCAAUCCAGGACAAAUGCUUCCACCUCCUGCUCCAGUUUCAUCCUAUAACUCACUAGGUCAUUCAAAUGGCUAUACAGCCAACCAUCAAUUCCACCACCAACACUGUAGCAAGAUGCUUCAUGCAGCAUCAUCCAGUCGUGUCCAAAUCGUCACAAUCCGAGCUGCCCUUCAUCACUUAAAGCCAGAAGGCAAGUCAGGCACUUUGCUCGUUGGGAUGCAUAAAUCACCCAUGAUGCUUCUCUUUGACCCGAGGCAGCCAUUGUAUGAUCCUGACGCAGUGGUACUUCAUGAUUUCUUCCUUCGCUCUACAACCAAAGAUUUGGUCCCAAAAUUCUAUGCCAGCACAAAGGUUGCUAUUCUUCUCAUUAUGACGCACACACAGUAUGAAAGUGUCCAACUCUGGAGGGAGCAAAUUGAUGAGUUGAAGCCACGCAGCCCCAGUCACACUACUAGUAGCCCGACUAGCAGCCGAGCCCAUAAACGUGUUAAGGAGGUAUGUUCACCUACUACUUACCAAACACAGGGCAUUGAGAUUAAUGACUCGGAGCAGGAUCCAGAACAGUCUACCACCUCUCGAUCUCUGUUGUCGAUGUCGAUGUCGGUGGUAGAGACACAUCUCCCCAGUCGCAUAAGUAGCCUGUUACCUGCAACUCCACGGCUUUUCCUACCCAGUCAACGACAACUCGAGGCUGCCAUGAAAACUCAGGGAAGCAUCCGAAAACAAGCUUCAGCUGUUUGUACGGUUUUGCAGCAUUUCAACUUUCAAGACAUUAUCACAACUCCACUCGACGUCAUGUCCUCCCCUUUCGACCUUGUCUCAAUCUCCAUAGACUCCGAUGCAAAGUCAAUGAUAGGUACUGCCGGAAGCUUCAAAACAUGCCAUCCAGCUCUUUUGCAUACUACUACUUCAUUGAGCGCUACACCAGGACCAUCAACUUCGCAAUCUUCCAUUUUCACAGCAACGCAUGUCGUAGCCAAGCGUGUCUUUUUCCGAAAACGUGACGGGAACUCCAAGCGUCAAAGGUUUUCCAAAGAAGAUGAACUUGGGAGGACACUCGAUGAGGCCAACUGCCUAUACUGGGCUACCUGUUUGAUGUCCCUCGUCUAUAUUUUUGUUGACGAAAUGCUUCAGAUGCAGACUGUAAAGCAGACUGUUGCAAACGAGGUCCCUCGCCUCCGACUCGUCUAUGCUGCAGUUGCUAUCCCUGAAGACGUUUCGGACCACACUGGAGCAGCAUACCUAUUAGAAGAAAGCAUCGAGGGCAAGUUUAUCAAGUAUAUUAACAACAAUUCCGCAGCUCCUGCUCAUCAUCUACGGGGCGAAGAGGAAAAAAUAGGGUUGUUUCUAUGCUUCGCCCAGCAUGUACAAUAUCAGCUCACAAAUGAAGUCGUGUAUCUGUCUGAUUUCCAAGGUUCUGGAGACCUCCUUACCGACUGCCAAGUUAUGACAGGACCUGACUACAUGAGUAACUUCGGUGAAGGAAAUUGCACCGAGGCAUUUCGCGCAUUCAAAACAACUCAUAAAUGCAAUGUCUUUUGUCGAGCAUUUGGUUUGCAGCCCUUCAUCAUAGCCAAGCAAGGUUCGUACAAUUUCCUAUCUAUUCAUCGGUUACUGAUAUCUCGCUGCAGACUAGGCUCCAGGCAGCAUGAUAUUUGUAUAUACCACUAUUUUGCACGUGUAUCCUUGAAGUAAAUAUGUCUUGUUCAGACGACUGGAGGGGUGACCUGGUUCUAUCCACAAUGGGUCCAUCAGCAAGUGGCACUACUGAGCCAGACAGGUGAGAAGGUACCAUGGGAGAAUAAAUUGGGAUGUGCGCAUCGUGGAUAUCUGCAGUGGGCUCAGCGAAUUUGAAAAGUAUUGAUAUUUCGGCGAGAAAAGCUUCAUUUGUGCCUUCUGAAGGAAUGGCUAGGUCGGAGUAGAUGAGGGAGUAUGCGUGAGUGGCGCGAUCCAGGUAUGAGGACACAAAGGAAGUGAGGGAAUUAGUGGGUGCCCCUGCAAUUGAGCUCAUGAAAGGAGGAAUGAUAUCUGAAGCGCAAUUUGUCAAUUUUCACCG